UAUAUGCCGGGAAAGCUAGCUCGAUCCUUCCUUGAAGGAUAAAUAUUUUUUUUCCUCGUUUUUAUUUCUGGAAUUCUAUCAUUAAAAUAAUACAUAAGGAAAAACAAUUUGAUGGUUCAUUCUAUGUUUGAAGCAAAUGGUUUUUCCCACUCAAUUUAACUUUAUAUUGGAGCUUCAUUAUUUUUUUUUUACUGUGCAUUCUAUAUAAAUUGAUUUCAGAGGAAGUCAGUAUGGUUAAGUUAACAAUGGAAAGCCGCCCGGAAACGCAACUGGAACAACUAAAGAGUUGAUUUAGCAUGGAUUAUAAUAAAAGAAUUUUCUUUACCUUGAUAUGUUGUGUAAAUGUACAAAAGCAUGUCUUGUCAUAUUUCGGAAAACAUUCUGUUUGAAAGAAAUGAAUUGAACUGGGUCCAAAAACUUUGACACUUUAAACAAUUCUUUAUCUCUGUUAUUUAACUAACUUUCCCUUAGAUUGAUUUUCUCAUCGAAUAAAAACCUUUGUAAACUAACUCGAUCGGUUGAUAGCUAGAAAACGUCCGGUAGAGAGUGCGUGGUUUAAAUCAUGGCUGAAUACAGACUUGCUGGAGGCCUGAUUGUCACAGAACGAGUUUCCAGUAACCUUCGAAUCUUCAACAUCGCCAAGCGCCAUGUCGGCAGCCUUCUGUGGUCCCAGGACAGUGAACUCCACGGGGCCAAGAAAAAGGACAAGUGCGCCAUGUUUGUGUAUGACGUCAUCACGGAGGCUGGGCUGACAGCACCCCGCCAGAAACCAUGGUUUUGCGGAUAUUCGCCAGCCUCGUCAUCAGAAUGGGGAAACAGACGAUCAGAAGUCAUUCACGCGUGUGGAUGCUUUCACUCCGUGUCCAUUCCGAUGCGUGGUGACAUCGUGGCGUUCCCUAGCAACCACGGAACCACCCAUUGUGGAAUCGUGACCACUGGUGGUCACUUUAUCGGAACCACAAACAAACGAAUCGUAGAAACUAAAAUGCCCGCGCAUGUCAAGAGAGUGUUUUGGCGGUACACGGGUGACGUACCAAACACAGAUAGACUGUUAGAAAAAUAUAAGUGAGAUCUUUAACAAAGACAGUGAAUGUAAUGUUUUUGCAACUUGUUUGGGUAAUUAGACAUUUGUAAACAUGAGUGAUUUGUUGUGGGUUUAUUUUUUUUUUUAACUGAAAGCGUUUUUAUACAUUUCGCUUCAUGCAGUUCUUUGAAUGGUCAAGACGUUCAGAUACUGUAUUUUUAUGUCAUACAUAAAAACAUGAAUAUAUGUAAGGCGAUGCAGUUGUUUUAU